AUGAUGGAAAAGAGUCUGGAUCCCAACGUCAUCAGCUACAGCGCUGGGAUCAGCGCCUGCGCGAAAGGUGGACAGUGGCAGCGGGCUCUGUCGCUGCUCAGGGAGAUGCACAAAGUGAAGGUCGAGCCCAAUUCAGCUACUGCGCUGGAAUCAGUGCGUGCGAAAGUGGCAAACAGUGGCAGCGGGCUCUGGCGUUGUUUCGAGAAAUGUGGACAGCGAAGCUGGAGCAUUGCACAGUCAGCUACAACGCUGUCACCCUUGCGUGUGCACAAGGCACACGGUGGCAGCUGGCCCUGUCGCUGCUAG